GGAGACGUUUGGAUCGAAUUUACAUGCACUGGAUGGACGUAUAAUUCUGAAGAUGUCAAAUGCAUCACCUUUCGGAGGAGUUUGGCUUGUGUGUGUUGCAGCCUUUGUAUCUUGUGACACUGCAUCCAAAUAUGUAGAUAUCUAUGAGACGCACUUAGGAAUAAUAGAUUCUACCGAUUCAACAACAUUGAAUCAGUACAGUUUCUACCAGAUAAAACUACAUUUAACCAAAUUAAUCGAGAUCUUGGAAGAACCAAUAGGAAUAAGCAAAAGUUUUAAAAAGACUCUUGGUGCAACUGUGAGAAAAAUAAAGAAAGUUAAGAUAAAGACAUCUACUGAUACAUUUCUGAAGAGUUCAGAAUUGAACAUGAAUAAACUUAGAGGAAUUAAUGGAAUUGAUAAUUUGAAAGAAGCAACCAUUGACAUGAUAUAUGGAUACAGAUAUUACGGCUAUAAAGACCAAGAAGCUCUUCUGAGAAAGACACAACAGUUAUAUGAUAACAAUAAAGAUAAAGUUAAUACUCAGAGGAACCUCAAGGCUCAAUAUAAUUUGAUAAAGAAAAUGCUAAAACAACAGAAAGAUGUGAUGAAAAAAUUGAAAAGAAUCAAAUUAGUGGAUGUAAACAAGUUUAAAAGUGAAUUACCUAGGCCGAAAUCGUCACAAGGGGAGCAAUGUACAGACCAAGGGCCAGAAGGGAAUUCUCUGCCCAGGCCCCCAGCUAACGGUAAAAUAAUAGCCCAAGGUAAAUGCAACUCGACUAUCAAAGUAGUGUGCGAUUGCGGAUUCAGACUCCAAGGAGGAGCAGAAAUAUUUGAACUGAAGAAUUAUGACGAAAAUGUUCCGGUUUGUCAUCCAAAGCCAAUUGGAUAUUGGCCUCUCAAUAGAAAGGAUAGAGGAAUCAACUUCGCAGGAGAGCUAGAGAUAUGUUAUAGGGGAGCGAGGAAAGGAUCAACACAUGCAGCGAACGCAUACUUAGACAAGAAUACCAUCUUUGUUGAAGGUGUAUCAGGGCAGGACGGAGAGGCAGUUCAGCUGGUGGACGAACGAUCAUGCAUAAGGAUAAUAAACAAAGAGGGGUAUCUCACGCCUACAAAGGAUUUUACUUGGAUGUUUUAUAUGAAACUCGACUCAACAAGUCGGCCAUACAUACCUUUACUGCAGUACUCUUCCAAUAGAAAAGCAAGGAUGUGGGUAGGGAUAUCACUCAACAAAAUUGAAGCUGGACUUACUAUAAAAGGAAUGGAUGAUAUCAUUGUAUUAAGUAAUGGUACAUUAAACUGGAACAAAUGGGUAUAUAUCGCUGUUUCGUACGAACAUCACACAUCUGGUAAUGGGUCGAUCCUUCAACUCCAUGUCUCUGCAGACUCACACUCGUCUUACCAAACAACACAAACUUUAAAUUCAAAAUCAAAUGGAAAAUCUAGCUUUGAUCCAUUUGAUGUAUAUAUUGGAAAAGAUUCAAAUGUUCCUAGAAGUUUCGCGUGUUUAAAGUUCUGUGCAGCUGCCCUAUCUAUUGGGCAAAUUGAGAUGGCCAAAGCAGCUUGUAGACAAGAUAUCUUAUUGGGAAAAUGGCCGCUGGACAAGCUGGAUGGGUUGCAUGACGAACGUACUAAUCGCGAGGCGCUUAUGAGUACAGGACCUUUCACUCCAUUGGUAGAUGGUCCAAAACGAAGGCAAGCAUUUCAAGUUGGACCUUCAUAUUUCCAAUCUAGCACGAUGCAAAUAGCAAAUACAUUUUCUUGGUUAGGUGCAUUCUAUGUUGAGGAAAUAUCUGAUGACUUUUGUGCUCUCGUUGAUUUCUCGAAUACGACUAAUUUUGGAUUCCACAUUUGGAUCGACAAAAAGACCAAUACUCUUCAAAUAGGUAUUGGAGAGCCAAAUCGGAAGUAUAGCGUCGAUGGAUCUGAUAUAGGACUUGCUAUUGCGUUGAAACAAUGGUAUCAUAUCGGUGUAACAUAUGAUGGAACAUCAGGUCAUACUAUGGUAUAUCUAACAGCCGAAAACGGAACUAUGACGAAACUUGAGUUCACAUUGGCUAAAAUGACUGAUGGUACACUCAGCGCAAGUUGGCUAGGUAAAAGUGAAAAGAGAAAAAUACCAAUGAGGGGUAGAAUAACAUGCGUGGAGUUGUAUGGCGCAGUAAUCACGCAAGCGGAGAUUGUAAGACUCUCUAGCAGAUGUCUUGGACAAAACGAGUUCUUUAACAAAACUUGUACAAGCAAGCAGAAUAUUGCACCAGUUUUUGGAUCAAUCGGUGGCAUUGGAGGAGAAACAGCAGAGGCCCACAGUUGGCCAUGGAUGGUUCAAUUCCGUUAUAAGGAUACCAAAAAGCACCAUUGUGGUGGGGCCAUAUACAACCAAAACACUGUCAUAUCAGCAGCUCAUUGCUUCUUAGGAGUUUACAAUGAUUUCGACAAGUUUGAAGCAGUACUGGGAUCACAUCGUAGAACGAAAAGUGAAGGCUUUCAAGUUGUGUAUGAACUACGAUCUGUUGUAUUUAACGAUAACUUCAAUGAAUCAGCUGAUUGGCCAGGGGGUGUCCCCUUUGAAAGUGAUAUCGCACUUGUAAUCCUCGAAACAAACGACACGUGUGUGCGGUUCAGUGAUGCUGUUCAACCUAUUUGUUUGGCAGAUACAGAACCUGUUGGUGGUCAGAUAUGUGUUGCCCUUGGAUGGGGGAAAUCUAAAACUGAAAUGAGCAAUGCACACGAUGAGCUAAAACAACUCAGAAUACCAAUUGUAUCAUAUCAUAAAUGUCAGCACCAUUUGACUGAUCUACAUGUCAGUAGUUUUUGCGCCGGGCAUCGAGAAAAAGAACGGCCGGAUACAUGCAUGGGAGAUUCAGGAGGCCCAUUGUUGUGUCAGUUUGAUGACGAUCCCAAAUACAAGUUAGCGGGUAUCACGAGCUGGGGAAAACAAAUCUGUGGUAGCGGUACACCAAGCGCCUACACGAGCAUAGCUUACCAUAGGGAGUGGAUACAGCGUGUAACAAGUGCAGAACAAACGUGGUCUAAUUGGGGGGACUGGAGCAGUUGCCAUGCAACAGAAUGUAGGCCAUUGGUGCGCAGUAGAAUGUGUACGGAUAAGGAUAGCACGGUGUUAGAUGACUGCAUGUGUACAGGGAAGGGUCUUGAGCUUGACCUAGACCCGAGAUGCCUACCAUGUCACGGUGCAAAAAUUAACGGAGGUGUGUCCGUACGUAAAGACGACAGGGAAAACUUUGCAUGGAUCGUUUCGCUUUUUAAUCAUGAAGGCCAUUUUUGUGGAGGAGUCAUCCUAUCCGAAUAUUGGAUCUUGACUGCUGCUCACUGCAUAUGUGGCAACGAUGACACCAAAGUUUGCUGCAACCGUAAGCAGAUUAAUCAAGAGUGUAUUAACUCACGUAUAAGCACUUGGAAAGUUACUGCUGGUAAACUGUCUGGCUCAAAAAAAUUGCAGAAAAACGAACAGAAGAUGAAUGUUAAAGAGAUAUAUGUUCAUGAAAAUUAUGACUGGGACAUUACUAUACUGUCAAAUGAUAUUGCCUUGAUUCGCCUCAAUGAUUCACUUAAUUUCAACAAUUCAUGGAUCAGCCCUGCUGUUAUCAGCACUGGCCUCUGCGGAACGUAUAGUGAUGAUGGCGAAUGCGAAGAGAAUAUUGCUGACCAAUUGAAAUAUCACGAUUGUAGUAUUGCUGGUUGGGGGGCAACAACUAUGGGGAAUCUGGAACCUUCAAAUAAAUUAAAAUGGCUUAAAGAUGUUAUUGUUGUAUCAGACACUGAAGGAUUACUUAUUGGGUGACAGUGGUGGACCGAUGAUGUGCGAUGAUCCAAACGGUAAUACACGAGUUGUAAUGGGCAUCAUGAGUUAUGUUGAUCUCGAAGGCUGUGUACCAGGCGUCAUCAAGAACUUUCACUCAUUUGUACCCUAUUUUCUACCAUGGAUAAGUGAAACAAUAAAAGAGGACGCUCCAUGGAUCUCUACUAGCUGCAAUUGUCAUGGCAACGCAACGACGGGGAAAAGGCAAAAAUACAGAGUGUGUAACAACCCCCUUAUCACAGAUAAUUCACAGCCUAUUUAUGCCACGUUUCCUUGCACUGAAAAGAAGAUGGAGGGGUGUUCAGACUGUUUAAGCAAUGACGCCGAUGCCUGUGUGCAGGACGAUUUUCAUGAGAAUGUUGAAUGGACCAUGGAACAAUUUGACAAUAUUAGCAGAGCCCUUGGUGAAAUACACACUGCUAUAACAAAUCUUACUUCCAUCGACGAUUUUACGAGUAAACGAGUCUCGGAAAUCGUAUUAAUCAUAACAGGGAGUGAUCUUGGACACGAUUGUUCCAGUGACAGUGGAUGCUGCGUUGAAAAUUCCAUGUGUUCAAAGGCCAAUAACAAAUGUAUGUGUAGGGCCGGUUUUGCUAACAUUGGACUUGAGUGCAAAUCAAUAUAGAG